AUGAUCGAAGUCCGAUCCUGCAAUACCAUGCUCUCGAGAUUCAUCCCACCACUCUACACCGGCGCGGCAGUUUGUCACGAAUCAUCCAAACACGCAGGAGACGCAGUCUGCGCUUUCAACGGCACGGGAUACUCGAUCGACGGCGAGGUCUCUCACAUCCCCGAGACAACCCUCUGCGGGACCUGGGAGUCACCUCUCUUCGCCCUAGGUAUAUUCUGCGAUAAAGCAGGUAGUCCCUCCCGAACGCAGGCUGACAUCGACGCCGUACACGUCUCUGAGCCUCCCGGAGUGAAAAGGGGCAUCAAUACCCUCCUCCCGUCUCCAGCGUCGCUUGACGGAACAGUCUGCUUCCUGCCAUAUAAUCCAUGGAAUCUGGGCGACUGUGUUGACGGUAGGGCGGUGACUACGGUACCGGUCCUACAGGUCGUUUUUUCCGAUGGUGCAGGACGUCAGCGUGUAUCUGCAUCUUCAGGAUAUGGGGUGGCGAGUGCUUCUCCGAGUAGGACCGGUUCCAUUGCUGUGGUGUCUUCGGCUGUGUCUGGUGGGAGUCCUGCAGCGAGCGGUUGGCCUGUGAGCUCGAGUGGUGCCACUGCGACGGGUGCUGUUAACGUUGGCUCGGGGAAAAGUAUGGUGUGUGAUGGGGCUUGCUGGAGUAUGUUGCUGCUUGUUUGCCUGCGGGUGGUGGCUCAUGUCUUGUUGGUGCUUGGGUGGGUUUAG